CCAAAACAUUGCUGCUGUAAGCUUGUGUGCAUAGGCUUGUCGCUCGCUUUUGGAAUGAUUUUGCGUUAUUAUGGUGACUUGUGUGGUGUUCGGAUGUACGAAUCGUUGUGAUUGUGAUGCGAAAUCGAAGGGAAUAACAUUUCAUGUAUUUCCUAAAAAUGAAAGUCGGAAAGCUCUGAGGGAGAAUGCCGUGAGGAGGAAGAAUUGGCGUGCGUCUAAAUGGAGCACUAUAUGUUCUCAGCAUUUCCGAGACGAGGACAUAGACCGAACUUCCCUUUCAACAGUAAGGCUCCGAGAAAAUGCUGUACCAUCAGUUUUCCCUACACACCCAGAACAUUUGCAAAAGGGAGACAAGAAGAGAAAGCCACCAUUGCGGAAGGAGAGCUCUUCCCUUCCAUCUUCAGUUUUGGCUGCCGUCAGCAGAGUGCAGGAUGAAGAAGUUCCUGCUCUUGUUCCUGAGUACACUGCAGGACCACCAGAAUGUAGUCAGACAUCCUCUGAAAGUGAGGAACUGAAGACGAAGUGUGAACACCUCAUAAGAAAAACUGAUAAGUACAAAAAAAACAAAUUAAAACUCUUCAGCAGUCUAAGCGAUGACUUAAGAAGAAAGUGGCUUCUUUGAGUGCUAUCAUUAAGGUACUGAAGGACAAGCAUCUUGUGGAUGAAAGUUCACAAAAAAAUAUACUAGAAAGCAUACCUGGAAUGCAGAGAGACUUGCUGCAGCGACAAACUGCGAAAGCUGGGGCACAGGCUGUACCUAGGUCGUACAGCCCAGAACUGUGCUCCUUAGCCUUAACACUGCAUUUUUUAUUCCCACAGGGUGUAUAAUUAUGUUAGGCGCUGUUUUAAUACAUGUUUGCCACACCCCAGAACAUUAACAAAGUGGUACCAGUGUGUGGGUGGAGCAUGUGGCUUCACAUCCGAGGCGUUUAAGGUAAUCACGGCAGAAGCUUGUCACCAUGAAACAAAGUUUCCAACCAUAUGUAAUUUGGUAGUUGAUGAAAUUGCCAUCAGGCAACAUGUAGAAUUUGAUGGUACAUGCUAUUUCAGUUAUGUUGACAUGGGGUCAUCUGUAGACACAGAUAAUUUGCCCAUUGCCAAAGAAGCAUUUGUACUCAUGCUUUUGGCUAUUAAUGCUUCUUGGAAGCUCCCAGUUGGGUAUUUCCUGACUGCUGGUAUAAGUGGUGAGCAAAAAGCCGAGAUAGUUAAACAGUGCAUUGAUCUUGCCAAUUCAAGUGGUGUGAAAGUUAAACAGUGCAUUGAUCUUGCCAAUUCAAGUGGUGUGAAAUUUGUUUCGCUCACAUGUGAUGGUUCAGCUAGCAAUUUGUCAAUGGCUGGAUGUUUAGGCUGCAAUCUCAAUUGUGAAACUUUGAAAAGUACUUUUUCAGUUGAAGGGAAUGAUCAUGAAAUGUCAUUUUUCCUAGACCCUCCACAUAUGUUGAAGCUUGUGCGCAACGCUUUAGGAGAUAAAAAAUUUCUUUGGGAUGAGCAAGGUGGUGUAAUUUCUUGGCACUUUUUGGAACUGUUACAUAAAUUACAGGCCAAGGAAGGGCUCCACAUAGGCAACAAGAUCACUGCCAGUCACCUUAAUUUUUUUUUUUUUUAAUAAAAUGAAGGUGAAACUGGCUACUCAGCUGCUUAGCAAUUCUGUGGCAGAUGCCAUACAGUACUGUUGUGAUAUGAAACUCCCAGGUUUUGAACAGGCAUCUGCAACAGUAAAAUUUAUACGCAUUUUCAACUGUCUCUUUGAUGUCUGCAAUUCCAGAACACUUUUACAAAGUGGUUUCAAGCAGGCAUUAAAUACAGCAAAUUUUAGUGCUGUAGAGGGAUUUCUUUUAAAGGCACAGAGGUACAUCAAGGAACUCACUGUUGGUCCAAAUCCUCAAGCAAUGAGAAUUGUUGACUCAAAUAGAAAGACAGGGUUUUGUUGGAUUCCUGGUGUGUAUAUCCAGUGUUUUACACAUGUAUAGCAAAGUAGUGGGGACACAAACUCAUGCUCCUCUAUUGAAGUUUCUGCCUCUUUACAAAUGUUCUCAGGACCACUUGGAAAUGUUUUUUUAGUGCCAUCCAAAGUCGUGGUGGUUGGAAUAACAACCCCACUGCUCGCCAGUUUGUUGCAGCAUACAAGAGGCUACUAAUUCAUAGUGAGAUCCGUGGAUCAGAAAAAGGGAAUUGUAUAACUUUGGAAGAUAUUCCCAUUCUUACUGUCAGCAGUUCCGAUGUUGACGAUCACAUAAAUAACACUUUGGAACGGUGGCAGUUACUAAGCACGGAAAAUAGUGCAGUGACAACUGACGACAACUAUUACUUUGCUACUGGAAUUUAUCUCUGAAGUGGCAGUCCAUAUUGUAGUAUAUAUAGCUGGAUUUGUGGUGCGUCACUUAGAGAAAACCUUAAAAUGUGAAGCAUGUUUAUCCGUGUUGAGAGGGGAUGGUAGCCAUGUUGCUUAUUCUCUCAUUCAUAGAAAGAGUAGGGGAUGGUUGAUUUUACCAUCGAAUGAUGUUGUUGACAUCUGUGUGUGUGUGUGUGUGUGUGUGUGUGUGUGUGUGUGUGUGUGCAAGAAAAGUGUUCAGGUGCUAUACUACAGGUAAUUCUAAAGUUCCUCUGAAAAAUCAGUUUUCCAAAUGUGUGUCCGAGGUGCUUAGUGAAUUCAUAUUCAAGCCAGUGUUUAAGGAGUUAGCAGAUCACAUGGAAAAAUCAGCAUCCCUUGGACAAUCAUAUGAUACUGCUGAUUAAAGCAAUUGCCACACGAUACCUCCUGACACGGCAAAAACAUGCAGCCAAGGGAAUAAGUGAUGCAUUGCAUGAAAAUAAAAUCAGGCCAACCUAUACAAAACUGGUACUCUUUAAAUGUCAGUAACUGAUAUUUGUACACAGAGGUCUAGUGUGUGAGGCAUCUUUUAUAAAGCACUCACUAUAUUGAGGCAAACUGGGAAUGUAACCUUAUUGUAAUUAAUAAAUGAUGCACAUUCUUCCUUUUCCGUUAUGUCUAUGUUGUUAUAACCAGCUACAAAAUGUUUGUGAUGUCUGUAUCUUAAAACUAUUAGUACUAGCAUAUUCAGUGUAUCUAUGAAAAUUUGUUCCUGGUGUGUGAUGGAGUCAGACCAUUAUAAUUUUAUGUGUGUGUGUGUGUGUGUAAUACCUUUCAAAUAUAUCUUCCUCAAACCAACAUUUGGAACUACAUUAUAUGUAGAGUGUUUCCAAGUGAUUGAUACUCCACCAUACCAGUAUGCAGUACUGGUUCUGCAAUAGCUUGUGAUCUGUGUGCUUCCAAAUGGGACAUACAUUUCUUUUUGAAAUAUUUAGCCAUUGUUUGGCAGAGUAUGCUGUAGUAUGUUCUAGCCAAUGUUGUCAAUUAAGUUUCCACGAGUGACAACAUAUUAAUGAGAAAUAGAAUUGCCUCAUUUUUGUCACAUUGAAAUACAUUCCCAUCAUUGUGUGGUAUGUUAUGGUUUUUGCUUGUGUGUCAUUACAAAUUAUAUUUUUUUGUGAUCUAGUCCAACAGUGGUUUACUCUCAAAAAAUGAGAGAUAGUAGUGUUCGCAGGUGGGCGUUAUUGGUUUUUCACUGCUUCAUUGGGCACUAAAUUUUCUAGCAGUCUCUCACGUAAUCCAUUGAAAUGUAACCCAUGUGUUGUACAGGAACUACAGCCCACAACGUUUAUAUCUGUAGUAAGACAUAUUUUAUAAAUGAUUGCAUAUUUUCUUAUGUUUGUUUGCUUGACUACUUUCCUGGUUUACGCAAGACCACUGUGAUAAAUCAUAUGUAUGUGGAAUGGUAAAUAGUAUUACAUUUGUAUCAGUCAGGAGACUGAGACAUUUCUUUCAUUCUCAACAAGCAAUGAU